AUGGGCUGCGGCCCCUCCCAGCCCGCCGAGCGCCAGCGCCAGCGACGCGUCCCCGCGCCCAGGAAGGGCUGGCAAGAGGGAGGCGAGGCUAAUGUCACUGUGACUCAGUCUGGGGAAAAUUGCUACUCCCAGGUUGAAGCUGCACUGCCCAAGGACACGGUGGACAAUGCAGCAUGCCUGGAACAACAAACGCAGGUGGGAGGCUUACCUGGAACCAUUCUAGAAAGUUCUCCAUCUCCUGGUGAAAGAAACAGAAGAGCAAAUUCAGACCUAGUGACCAGGGGACUAAUCAAUAAACCCCAAACCCUAGAGAAUCGAGAGCGACAAAAGUCAUCAGACAUCCUGGAGGAACUAAUUGUUCAAGGAAUAAUACAAAACCCCAGCAAAAUAUUUAGAAAUGGAGAAUCAUAUGAUGUCAUGGUGAGCACGACUGGGAAGCCACUAAGAAAGCCACCAGCCAGACUGGAAAAACUUAAGCUCAGAAAGGAAGUGAAGGAUUUCACAGUGCAGGACAUAGAAGAGAAGAUGCAGGCCACUGCGCAGGAGCACAGGAAGACUAAAGAAGAAAUAAGAAAAAGGCUAUGGAGUGGCCGACAUUUGCCCCCAGCCAGUCAUUCAGAUUCGGCUGAACUGGGUGGGGCUGAGGUUGCAUUUGCCAAAGGACAUCAUGCUCUGAGUUCUGCCUCCUUUGAACUGUCCCACCUGCAGGAAGGAAAGACGUUGAACAGAAAGAAGAGUAAGAGUGAUGCCACCUCGAUUGACAUGAACUACAAUGAUGAAAGUAUUGGGGUCGUGGAGUCAGACAUGUCCUACAAUCAAGAGGAUGACAUAUUCUAAUAAGCUGCUUUCUGUGAAUUUCAUAAAUAGGCAUCCGUUCUUCCCACUCGUGACAUUCUUCCUAGGUCUAAUGUUCUUCCUGGACUUCCUGACCUCACUCCACUGGGAUUUCUGCCCUGAGCUUAGGAAUGAUUCUGCGAGCUGCAUGGGCUGAAGAUUAGUUGAGUAAAUUAAAUGGCUAUGCUAGCUUAAAAAAAAAAAAAAGGAAAGAUGUGACCAGCUUAGAUACUAGGAGCUCCGUUGGCAUUCUCCUUCAGUGUGGCUUCAAACAUCCUGAAGAUGUCUUAUUUCAUGAGUACCUUCCAGCUUACAUUGAUAUGUUUGUGCCAAAUGAAGCUUUUCCUUUUUGCUCCUGCCCCAUGGCUGUGUCUACCCUCUGCCGGUCCUUUAAGGCAAAUCACAUGGAUUUGUAUAAAGUAUUUAAUGAUCUGUAUGCUUCUUAUGCUGCAUGGUUAGGUUUCUUAAAAGAAUUCUCUUUGUGUUAUAAAGGAAUAAAUCAAUAUCUUGAGGUCAGCUGAA